AUGUCAGCUUGCACAAACAUAACUGAAAUUCAGAGUAUUUUAUCGAACUCAGGCGACCACCUGUACAAUCACUUAUCAGACUUGAUUUCGGCGCUUGAAGACGCCGCAAGGCAGGACGAGUCUUCGGGAAGAACGGCUUGCGCUGGCAGCGCAGGAACUCCGAGAAAACUGAAGAGAAAGAAGGCAAAACGAAAUCUGAAUGACGGUGGACGCGGUGCGGGCUCGUCGGCUUCGAAGUUCCCCCCUCCUGUUCCCCUUUCACAAGGUUCCUCGACGUCGAAGCAUUACAUCUCCAGUCCAGAAGCUCAUCACAGGUCUUCGUCGUUUGUGGCCGAGCCGGGCAACGCGGAUAUGAGUGGCAGCGAGACAAAAACACUUAAUGGUUCGUUAAUGAAGCUUGCCGGCAAAGACGUUCAAUCGCAAGGUUGCUCAUUGAAGAUGUCCGUGGUGUUCAAUUUGCCGGAGUCGGACAGUCUGACGGAGAUGGGUACGCCGAACAAGAUCUACCGUCGAAAACGGUUGGUCAAGCGAAUGGCAGUGGACGAUUACCAAGAAAUCAGGUGA